AUGCAACUGGAUGAAACUACUGACGUCUCUCAGUGCAGCCAGCUCCUGGUUUUCGUCCGUCAUAUGCAUGCUGAUGCCAUCAAAGAAGAAUUCCUAUUUUGUGAGCCCCUUUUGGAAACUACAAAGGCCAUCGACAUCUCAGAAAUGGUGAAUAGUUUCUUUGCUAAGCAAAACUUCGACUGGAAGAAAAAUCUUGGUACUCUGUGCACAGACGGAGCACCUGCGAUGCUUGACAACACAUCUGGUUUUGCUGCUUUGGUGAGGAAAGAAGCUCCUCAGGUCAUCGUGACCCAUUGUUUUCUACAUCGGCAUGCAUUGGCGUCAAAGACUCUGCCAGCAAUUCUGAAAGAAGUCUUUUCUACUCGUGAAAGUCGUCAACUUCAUCAGACCCAGGGCUGUGAACUAUCGCGUUUUCAAGAGGUUUUGUCAAGAAAUGGGAGCAGAAUAUGA